GGCAAGGCAGCCAAGGCACGCAUGCACUUGCAGUUCUUCGCAUCUCUGAGUGCGUGUCCUGAUUCGUGUACGCCUCUUCUUCGUUAGCAGCCAUGGCGUCGCCGUUAUCCGUGCCUUCGUUGAUAAUGGAGGAGGAAGGGCGGUUCGAGGCGGAGGUGGCGGAGGUGGAGGCGUGGUGGAAUACGGAGCGGUUCCGGCUCACCAAGCGCCCCUACACCGCCCGCGACGUCGUCCUCCUCCGCGGCACGCUCCGCCAGAGCUACGCCUCCGGCGAGUUGGCCAAGAAGCUCUGGCGCACGCUCAAGGCCCACCAGGCCGGUGGCACCGCCUCCCGCACCUUCGGCGCGCUCGACCCCGUGCAGGUCACGAUGAUGGCCAAGCACCUGGACACCAUCUACGUCUCCGGGUGGCAGUGCUCGUCCACGCACACCACCACGAACGAGCCUGGGCCAGACCUCGCCGACUACCCCUACGACACGGUGCCGAACAAGGUGGAGCACCUCUUCUUCGCGCAGCUCUACCACGACCGCAAGCAGCGGGAGGCGCGCAUGUCGCUGCCCCGUGCGGAGCGCGCGCGUGCGCAGUACGUGGACUUCCUCAAGCCCAUCAUCGCCGACGGCGACACCGGGUUCGGCGGCGCCACGGCCACCGUCAAGCUGUGCAAGCUCUUCGUCGAGCGCGGGGCAGCGGGGGUCCACCUGGAGGACCAGUCGUCGGUUACCAAGAAGUGCGGGCACAUGGCCGGGAAGGUGCUCGUCGCGGUCUCGGAGCACGUCAACCGCCUCGUCGCCGCGCGCCUCCAGUUCGACGUCAUGGGUGUCGAGACUGUCCUCGUCGCGCGCACCGACGCCGUCGCCGCAACGCUGAUCCAGACCAACGUCGACGCGCGCGAUCACCAGUUCAUACUCGGCGCGACGAACCCGCGCCUCAAUGGCCGGAGCCUCGCGACCGUGCUCUCCGACGCCAUGUCGGCCGGCAAGAACGGAAGGGAGCUCCAGGCCAUCGAGGACGAGUGGCUCGCCGCGGCACAGCUUAAGACCUUCUCCGAUUGCAUCAGGGACGCCAUCGAGGGCGUCAACACAACCGACCAGGACAAGCAACGCAAGCUCCAGGAGUGGACCAACGCCACCAGCUACGACAAGUGCGUGUCAAACGAGCAAGCGCGCGACAUCGCCGCGCGCCUCGGUGUCACGUCCGUGUUCUGGAACUGGGACCUGCCGCGGACCAGGGAAGGGUUCUACCGCUUCCGGGGCUCCGUGGCCGCGGCCGUGGUCCGCGGGCGCGCCUUCGCGCCGCACGCCGACGUGCUUUGGAUGGAGACGUCGAGCCCCAACGUCGCCGAGUGCACCGCCUUCGCCGAGGGCGUGAAGGCGACCUACCCCGAGGCUAUGCUGGCCUACAACCUCUCGCCGUCGUUCAACUGGGACGCGUCCGGCAUGACGGACGCCGACAUGGUGUCGUUCAUCCCACGCGUCGCACGGCUCGGGUACGUCUGGCAGUUCAUCACGCUAGCCGGGUUCCACGCCGACGCGCUCGUCACCGACACGUUCGCGCGGGACUUCGCGCGGCGUGGCAUGCUGGCCUACGUGGAGAGGAUCCAGAGGGAGGAGAGGAUCAAUGGGGUGGAGACGCUGGAGCAUCAGAAGUGGUCGGGCGCCAACUUCUAUGACAGGGUGCUGAAGACCGUGCAGGGUGGCAUCUCCUCAACCGCAGCCAUGGGCAAAGGAGUUACUGAAGAGCAGUUCAAGGACUCAAGGCCUGGAACUGGGAGCAGUAGCCAACAAGUUGUCGCCAAAUCAAGGAUUUGAUGAGAAGUUGAGAAUUGAAGAAGGAAUAAUGAUUCAGAGGAAAUGAAACUAAUAAUAAAUGGGACUCAGAUCACCAGCUAUGGGAAGAUGCUUUACAAACUGAACUAUAAUCGGCAUGCAAGAAUCAACCAAUCGCCUAGCUAUAUAUGAAUUGAGUUAUAUGGCUUAUGAUUCGUACUAGAACAAUAAACUGGGAUAAAAGUAUCAAUGUGAAUCGUGGAGAUUAUUUAUCAAUUGAAAAAUGGGAUACACCACUUGAUUUUUAGUACUACAGUCUCAAAUAAAAUAUGAGUUUAAGUAUUGUUAUGCAUAUA